AUGGAUGUUCAACUGUAUGUCUACGACCUGUCACAGGGCAUGGCGAGACAGUUUUCCCAGGCUUUGACUGGAAUUCAAAUCGAUGCCAUCUACCAUACUGCAAUUGUCUUCAACCGCGUGGAAUAUUUCUUCGGCCAGGGAGUCCACCGCAAAGUCCCGGGGUCAACUCACCAUGGCCAGCCCAUAUCAGUCGUUGACAUGGGCAAGACAGAACUGCCAGUGGAUGUCGUGGAGGAAUAUGUCGAAUCUUUGGAACAGAUCUAUACUCCCGAGUCCUAUGAUCUCUUCCUGCAUAAUUGCAACAACUUCACCCAAGAUCUCGCAAUGUUUCUGGUCGGCAAGAGCAUCCCUGAGGAGAUCACCAGCCUCCCUGAGACAUUCCUGAGCACACCCAUCGGCCGGAUGUUGCGUACGCAGCUCGACCAAUCCAUGAGAACCAUGACUCAAGCACCCGAUGCCGUCUCUGGAAGGGAUGCACAGAAGAGACAACCAUCAACUGCAGCCGUCUCCCAGCCCAUCUCGAACGGCACUUCUUCCGGACCAACAACCAACACUUUCUUUCAUAAGACGACCGUCCCAAAGAUCAUCAAUUGCCAACCCCCUGCUGCUGCUUCCCCCGGUCGCGUCUAUAAUAUAACCACGCCCUCCGAGCUUGACACACUCCUGUCCAUCUCAAGUGACUCCUGCGCCGUUCUAUUCUUCACUUCCGCCUCCUGUCCUCCAUGCAAGAUCGCCUAUCCGACCUAUGAUGAGUUGGCCUCCGAGGCUGGUGGACUCCCGACCGCACGUUUGAUAAAGAUCGACAUCUCAGCCUCUCAUUCCGCCCAGUCUGUUGCACAGCGCUAUCAGAUCCGGGCAACGCCAACCUUCGUCACAUUCCUCAAAGGCCAGAAACAGGACGAGUGGGCUGGUGCAAACCCGGCCCAGCUCAGAGGCAAUGUCCAGUUACUCCUCCAAAUGGCACGUCCGCCUCAGCACACUCACGCAAAUCUGAAGCUGCCAUCUUUUCAAAGAUAUAUUGAAAGGCCGACCCUAUACGGCCGCAGUCCACCGCUUGACAAAUUGCUCACCAAGAUUGGGAACUCCUUCUCGUCUGCCCCUUCUGUCCAGGACCUGGUAUCAUACAUCAAAUUCCGCGACGCCAAAGGGAUGCAGGAUGCACCCAUACCGAAUCUACCUGCUUUCAGCGCCCAUCUCGACUCGGAAUUCUCUUCCCUGGCCCCCGACUCCCGUUUUGCAGUGAUCGAUCUCGUCCGCACCGCAGCCGCCGAUUCGCGAGUGUCCGGCUUCUUCACCACCGAGCCUGCCCAUCGGACUCUGUCCACGUUAUUCCCCAACUUUCAAACUGCGACGAAUUUCACGGACGCGAAAUACAAUAUCCAAUCCGUCACUUUACAACUCGCAUGCAAUCUCUUUAGCUCAAACGUAUUCCAGGAGCAGCUCAUACAUCCCAGUGACGAGCAGUCAAUUUCGAAACUCCGAGAAACCAUCGAAAGCCUUGCCGCCCAGGCUCUGCUGUCACCGCAUGCAAACUCUCGAUCCAUGGCCGCGGCCCUGGUUUACAAUCUAAGUGCAUACACGCACAACGAACGAAUCCACCACGCUUCAACUUCCACUCCCAAUGCACAAUCCCCUAACGGGACCGGCCCUCACGAAGGUGCUAGCAGCCCUGUUAGCGACGACCUGACCGCCGCUCUGCUCGAGAGCAUCAUUUCUCUUCCCACGCUUGCCUCACAGCCAACCUCGCCAUCAUCCUCUAACAUCAAGGAAACGCUCCAUGCCCUUCUCCUUGCACUGGGCAUGCUUCUGUAUGGAGCUCCCGCCGACGAUAUGCUGUGGGACCUGUGCCGUGCGAUGGAGGUCCGGGAGACCCUAGCGUCAAUGUCAAAGGCUCCGCAGUGGAAAGCAGAGCUAUUGCUGAGGGAAAUUGCCGACGAGCUGUUGGGGAAGGGUGGCUUUUGA